AGUAGUGGGGGAAAUAUGCGUUGCUUAACAACCAGUGUAACACCAGAAGAAGACCGUUGUACUCGGACCAAUGAGAGCAGCGCACGGGGACAGAAAACUCCAGGUGUUUGCGGGAGCUAUCAGUGUGUUUACGUGGAACAAACCGCGAGAAGCCGCAAAAGACGCGUGUUUUUUUUUCUGUCUGAGUCUCUCUUUAAUGAUAGUGUAGCAGGUGAGCUUACGCUGACAUUGACUUCAGGCUGUUUCGUAGCACCAGUCGCCAUGAGACUGACAUCCAGCUGCGUCGCCCUGGCCUUUCUCCUGUUGCUGCAUUGCCGUCACUUUGGCGAUGUUCUUGGUCAGAAGUCGGACUCGGCCCUAACUGUGGUGGAGACUACAGAGGAAGGGGAAGUAACACAUGGUGAUGAAGAAGAGCAGGUGAAGAUAGAGGAAGAUGAAGAUUUAGAGGUGGUCCAAGCUACUGAGCAGUGGCAAACACUCAAACCAGGCCAAGCAGUGCCAGCAGGUUCCCAUGUGAGGCUCAAUCUGCAGACAGGUCAGAGGGAGGUCCGGCUGGGGGAAGAGCAGCUCAAAUACCGGACACAGGAACACAGGGAGAGAGAAGCAACCCAGUCCAUGUUCAGUCCAGACGAACUGAAACGGGCCAUGAAGAAGCUAAAGGAAGACCUGAACCCAGUGAGCAAGGAUCAACAGGACUCUGUGGCUUCAAAGUUUCGCCCACUAGAGGAGUUAAAGAGAGACAUGGCUCAGCUGGACCUGCUGGUGGAAACGGAUACUCGGAUCAUGAGGCGCCUUCUGGACCAGUUCAACAGCAGCAACUCAACUACUGAGCAGAGACUGAGCAUCCUGCAGGAGCUGGAGUAUCUGGUGCACCAGGUGGAUAACGCUCAGACUCUGUGCUCAAUGGGGGGUCUCCAGUUCAUUCUAGAAGGUCUGAACAGCUCUGACUUCAGAUUACAGGAAAACUCUGCCUUUGUCCUGGGGUCUGCCCUGGCCAGUAACCCAGUGGUUCAGGUGAAAGCUGUGGAGAGUGGUGCUCUGCAGAUGCUGUUAACCGUACUGGCCACCGCACAGCCACUCCAAGUCAAAAAGAAGGUUCUGUUUGCAGUGGCCUCCCUCUUACGUCACUUCCCCUAUGCACAGCACCACUUCCUGUCACAUGGUGGAUUACAGAUCCUAUCAGAGCUCUUCAGGGCAGAUGGAGGUGGCAUUCUGCGGACACGCAUUGUCACCAUGUUAUAUGACAUGAUCAGUGAGAAGGAGCUGAUCUCUCAGGCCGGUCUGGACGAGGUCCUCGACGCUUCCCAUGAGGAGCGUGUCCGCCAGUACUCUAAGGUGCCCCUGCAGGGGGAGCUGCUGGAGAAGGGCUGGUGCAAUCUGGUCCCACAGCUGCUGGAGUCCACUGAGCAUGACUACAGAGAGAAGGCUCUUCGGGCUUUGUUGGCAAUGGCUCCUGUGUGUUUGGAUGAGUACCGCUCAGACGGCUCACUACUGGGCUCCCUGCUCUCUCUCAGAGACCAGUACCAGGAUAUGGUCCAGUCAGAAAUGAUUCUAGGAGAGGAGAAUGGCUACUAUGAAGAGAUUGUACAACUUAUAGAUGCAUUACAAGUCAAAAUAAAAUGACCACAGUCUUGUACAGGGGUGUCAUUUUAAACAGUGCAGAGAGGAGUAUACAGAAUGUGGAGACAACCACUCUUCAACUGCAUGACCGACGCAGAAAGAAACUCCUCCAGACUUUCAAGGACGAGGGAGACAAAUGUUGAGUUGAAUAGUGCAUGGCUUGGUUCCAUGAAGUGUCUCAACUAGACAUGUCAGUGAGCGAGCACAGUACCAGAGCCUGGGAUCCAGCUCACUGCUUAGAAUGCAACUGUGUGUUGUUAAAUAUUUUUACUUGAAUGUCACUUUCGUCCCUUCCAGUUAGAGGUCGCCACAGCAUGUUGACAUUUGGCACGUGUUUUACGCUGAAUGCCCUUCAUGGCGCCCAAACCACCAGUCUAUCAGGGACCUGUAAAAUGUUUCUACUUAGUGUUGAUAAUUUCAAUAAAUUAAAAUG